AUGUAUCACCGCUCUCCUCCGGGCUUGCACAGGCGCCCAAUCUUCGAACCGCAGUGCACCCAUGCCAUCAUGACAAGAAUCUACAGCCCAAGCCUCCUCUGUUCAAACUGCCACUAUCCUGGACCUUCCGGGUGGCUCUACCAGUGCACGCAGGAUAGAGAGGACUUGAUAGAACACGCCGUGGCGAGAGGAGACUUUAUCAGCAUGGACCAGUUCGGUUGUCAGUUGACCCCAAUGAUGGGCAUUCGAAAGGGGAGCCCUGCUGCUCGCGAGGACCGGCUCAGCUUCUUCCAGGAGAUCAACCAAGAGCAGCUAGCGAAAUACCGCCCUGACCAGGUGGCUCACAUACUGAGGCAGCGUGAAAAUGUCCAGCUCGUUAUUCAGCGAGACAAGGUUCGCAAGAGUAGCGCCGCGAUACUCAGUCGUCUCGCUCAGCCUUACGGGCUGGACAGCGCUUCAUGUAACAUUGGGUUCCAGAAGCCGUGGUUGUGCACUCCCCAAGAGGAAUGCCAGUAUCGGGUAUGCCAAAACUGCCGGCCUGGCUGUGCAGACCGCGCAUUUCUGAGUCUCAACGCCGUCGCCGAUGGUGAAGUUCCCCCAACUGCAGCAGCGGGUUACAGCUUUCACCUCCUUGGCCAGCGGCCCAUCGUAGAUGCAAAUGUCCUCAGAAACAUUGGCUGCCGUCCAGUUCCUCUGCCUCGAUUCUCUACCACGAGUUCGUCUCACGGCUCGCACGCAUCAACCAUGAGUGUCACGGACUUGCUCGAUGCUCAGAUAGCCCGCGGACGUCUUCUAUGGACAAGACAGGGGACUGAUGCCGAAAUCGAAGAAUACGAUGCUGAUUUUGACUGGUCUCUGAUGCCCGCCACAUCUGGCAUCUCCUCUAGGCAUUUGAAGUACGCUCCAGGGUGCGAGAAUCUGGGAGUGCUUGCAGAGCCUGAUGCAUCCAGCACGUUCGCUCCACCGCAGUGGACUCCUCCACCUUCACCUGCGAUGGACUUGGAUGAGACUGAAGAUAAGCCCGACGGCCAUGACGGUGCCACUCUCUCGAAAAAGAACUCUUCCAUUCAAGAUGGCACCUUGCUCUCUGAAUCGGCGGUUUCGCAAAUAACGGGUCACAUUCGCGAAUUGAGCGUCGACGAGUCACCCAACGAAGCAACUCAUGCCUCCAAUGAAAAGUUCCCUCCAUCGCCGCUCAAAGUGCCCCACGGGGUGGCCAUGCUAGAGGAGAGCGUCGAGCUGGGAGUUCCGGAUGUCAUUACGCAGGCUUGA